AUGAUUUUGACUGGAAAUAUUCUCGUUGAUCCGGUGAGCUCUUCUUUUUCAGAUAGUUUCUGAGACGUUUUUUUUUCAGACUAAUCUGGAAUCUGCUGGAAACCCAAUCAUAUUCAAAGAUGGCGACAGUCAGGAACGUCGAGCUCUCUUCACUCACUGGGCAAAACUUAUGAAGCAAGACGGAGCUCUCGCAGUUAUGCAGCUUUCGCAUGCGGGACGUCAAACUCCAGAACACUUGAAUCCGACUCCAUGGUCCGCUUCUGACAUUCAGCUCACUACCAACGUUCGUCUGACGGCGUACGGGAAACCAAAAGCCCUUUCGACAGAACAAGUGAAAACAGAGGUCGUUGACCGGUUCGUAUAUGCUGCCAAGUACGCUUAUGAGUGUGGAUUCGAUGGAAUUCAACUGCAUGCAGCUCACGGAUACUUGCUCUCCCAGUUCACUUCCCCGACUACCAACAAGAGAACCGAUCAAUACGGAGGAUCACUUGAGAACCGUCAGCGGGUUAUCAUCGAGAUUUUUGAUGCCAUUCGAAAGGAUAUUCCAUCCUCGACUGGUUUCUUGAUCGGAAUUAAAACGAAUUCGGUAGAAUUUCAAGCUGAGGGAACUACUCUCGAAGAUGCGAAGGAAAUGUGCGCUGCGUAUGAAAACAAGGGGUUCGAUUUUGUGGAACUGUCCGGAGGGACUUAUGAGAAGCUCUCUUGGACCUACGAACGAGAGUCGACAAGGAAGAGAGAGGCGUUCUUUGUGGAAUUUGCGGAACAGGUUGGUUUUGAUUUGAAUUCGAUUAUUAAAAAGUGAUCAAAAUGUGUUUUCAGAUUCGUCCAGUUUUCAAAAACACAAUUGUCUACCUGACCGGAGGCUUCCGAACAGCUUCUGCAAUGGUUGACGCAAUCGCUAAGAACGCAACGCAAGGAAUAGGAUUGGGAAGGCCAGUUACUGCGGAGCCAGAUCUUCCGAAAAAGAUCUUAGCUGGCGGUAUUCAUUCUGCUGUCCAAGAUUUGUUGGAUCAGAAUGAUAUGAUUAAAACUGUAUUGGCCAGCGGAGCCCAAAUGCAGCAGAUGGGACGGACAAGUGUACAGAGUGCAGGUGGAAAGUGAGUUGAUUCUAAAAGAGGAUCCUUGUAAACAUUUAACUUUCAGCUUAUUGCACCAAAUCAGUGACUUCAGUGAUGUCAAAGUCGUCGAAAGAUUCGAUAAAGCCUUGUCUCUCUUUGUUGAACAAUCAGUUAUAGAUGCGGGCGAAGGAAAGCUUCCAAGUCAUAUUCUUGUAUUUGAAUAAUUCUCAAUUCUCGAUCUAUCUGAUCGUCAUCAAAACCUACGAAGAAACCCCAAACUUCUCACUCUGUGUACGUUGAUGUUUUUUGACACUAGUGUACACUGUUAUAUUGGUACAGGGAUAAUAAAUUACUUGUUUUUUGCACUUGUUUACCGUUUCUUAGACGUCGAGCUUUGCGUUUCUAAUCUAUAUACGUGCAAGAAAUUGUCAUCUUGCGAUUAGCCUGCAGGUCUCUCGUUGUCUGCCGCCUCUUCAGUCGGUGUACUUUUUUCUGCGUGUUUGCCAAACCUCCUUGACCAAAAAACACACUUUAUUUGAACCGCACGUACAAUAGUGUAGUAUUCAGUUCUUUAUUUCUUCGUUUUCCUACCAGUUCGGAAUCAAAAGAUUAUGACGAAGCGUUACUGUGAAAAGCUUACUGUUUCUUCUGCCAUUCUCGGUGACCAUCUCAAAUUUCCCAGUGGAAAAGAGGCUCAGAAUCGUUUUCUCAAGGCCGCUCUGACUGAGCGAGUGUCGACUUAUGAUCCUGAGAACCCGAAAAAUCACGGUUUGCCAACUGACUCUAUUCUAAACUUGUAUGACAAGUGGGGAAAUGGAAAGUUCGGAAUGAUUCUCACCGGAAAUGUGCUUGUGGAUCCGGUAAUUCCCGCUUUCCCAGGGUUUUUACUCAAUCUCCAUUUUUUCAGACUAAUCUAGAAUCUGCCGGAAAUGCCAUCAUUUUCGAAGAAGGAGAUAGCGCAGAGCGCCGUGCUCUUUUCUCGAAAUGGGCCGAGAAGAUUAAGCAAGACGGAGCUCUGGCAGUUGUUCAGCUCUCUCACGGAGGUCGUCAGACUCCAGCUACUAUCGAACCUCAUCCGUGGUCGGCUUCCGAUGUUAAACUUGUUGGAGAGCGUCGUUUUACUCCAUUCGGUAAACCGGUUCCUUUGACUGUUGAGCAGAUCAAGACGCACGUAAUCGAUCGGUUUGUGUAUGCCGCCAGGUUCGCUUACGAAACUGGUUUUGAUGGCGUCGAGUUGCACGCUGCUCAUGGCUACUUACUAGCUCAGUUCACUUCUCCAACUACCAAUAAGAGAAUCGAUCAUUACGGAGGAUCUAUUGCCAACCGUCAACGUAUCAUUUUGGAGAUUUACGACGCGAUCAGAGCGGCUGUCCCUGCUUCCACCGGAUUCAUUGUUGGAAUCAAGACAAACUCGGUUGAGUUCCAGGAGGAAGGAACUACAGUCGAUCACGCCAAGGAAAUGUGCGAGGCCUAUGAAAACGCUGGUUUCGAUUUCGUCGAGCUGUCCGGAGGAACCUAUGAGAAGCUGGCGUUCCAUCAUUUGCGCGAAUCCACCCGCAACCGCGAGGCGUUCUUCCUCGAGUUUGCAGAGAAGAUCCGUCCAGUCUUCAAGAACACUGUCGUCUAUUUGACUGGAGGAUUCCGAACUGUGAAGGCGAUGGUCGAGGCAGUUGAGACUGGAGCAACACAAGGAAUCGGACUGGGUCGACCGAUCACGGCUGAGCCCGAUUUGCCGAAAAAGAUUCUCGAGAGAUCGGUGGCUUCCUCAAUUCGAAAUGCGCUCGACGACAACGAUUUUGCAAUUACGAACUUGGCUAGCAACACGCAAAUGCACCAAAUGGGAAAGACGACUUUCAAGCAAGCUGGACAAAAGUAAGUUGAAGUUACUCGAAACUCUUGUAGUUCAAUUCUUCAGACCGACCCACGGAAUCAGUGACUUCUCUGACGAAACAACUGUCGAGCGCUACAAGGAAGCUCUCAAGGAGUACACGAUUUUCAUGAAAACCCUCGCCGCACAGAAAAAGCCAAUUCACGGAGUGCUCGUUUUCGAAGCUAUUUACCAAGCCUAA